CACGUAACAUGCUCCAAAAAUUAUACACGAACCUAAAGAAGGAAUUCACAAGAGCUAGAGGAAAACACCCACGUUUGCCCAUUGACUUUUAUAUCAGCGCUUACGUCAUUCCCCCAAUUCCCCUAUGACCCUAUCAAUAUAUACAAACGAUGCAUGUGGUGCAUAAACCAUCCAAUUCCAAUUCCAGUUCCGGAUCUAUUCCCCUGCUCUCUGCAAAUCUGAAAAAUCUCAAAAUCACUACAAAAAUGGCAUCCGAUGCGCAUGCAACAGAGCUCCCCGCCGUGAAGGCUUUUGGAUGGGCCGCUAGGGACACCUCCGGAGUUCUCUCUCCUUUCAAUUUCUCCAGAAGGGAAACGGGGGAGAAGGAUGUUCAAUUCAAGGUUUUUUACUGUGGGAUUUGCCACUCAGAUCUUCACCAGCUUAAGAACGAGUGGGGUUUCACUGCAUACCCCAUUGUCCCCGGGCACGAAAUUGUUGGGGUUGUGACUGAGGUCGGGGGCAAGGUGGAGAGAUUUCAGGUGGGAGACAAAGUUGGCGUGGGAUGCAUAGUCGGAUCUUGUAGGGAUUGCGAAAACUGUGGAAGCGAUCUUGAAAACUACUGUCCCAGGAGUGUGCAGACUUACAAUGCUAUAGGAACCACCACGUACGGUGGCUACUCCGACAUCAUGGUCGCCGACGAGCACUUUGUGCUCAAAUGGCCGGAAACCUUGCCGAUGGAGGCAGCUCCCCUGCUGUGUUCCGGGAUCACAACAUACAGCCCAUUGAAACACUUUGGGCUGGACAAGCCAGGAAUGAACAUAGGAGUUGUGGGCCUGGGUGGUCUUGGCCAUAUGGCUGUCAAGUACGCCAAGGCUUUCGGGUCCAAGGUGACUGUCAUCAGCACCUCUGCUGGUAAAAGGCAAGAGGCUAUCGAACGUUUUGGUGCCCAUUCCUUCUUGAUCAGCCGCGACCCCGAACAAAUGCAGACCAAUGGAAAGCUUGUAUUGGUUGGUGUCCCAGAGAAACCCUUUGACUUGCUGGCGUUUCCCUUGAUCAUGGGCCGGAAACUAGUUGCGGGAAGUGGCAUUGGAGGAAUAAGGGAGACUCAAGAGAUGCUGGACUUCUCAGCCAAGCAUAACAUCACGCCGGACGUUGAGAUUGUGGCGAUGGACUAUGUCAACACCGCCAUGGAACGCCUGGCCAAAGCAGACGUGAAGUACAGAUUCGUAUUGGACAUUGGCAAAACACUAAAAUAUGAUUGAAGAGUAUGGUGUUCAAAUGUAUGUCAUGGGCGGCCGGUUUAGUUUUAUUUUAUGUGUAAGUUGUUAGAAAAACAUUAUGCUUUGUUUCAAUGAAAAUGUUCAUAAACUUCACAAACUUGCCUUUUGUGGAUUUGAAAUUAAAAUAUCUUUAUUUAU